CUGUUGUUGAAAAAAUUAUCGUACACUGUGUGCAAACUUUGUACGUUACAUUCAUACACCCAUAUAUACUUGUAUAUAUAUAUAUGUAUGUAUAUACAGAUAUAUAUGUAUUGUAUACACGUUUAAAUAAAGAAGAUAAUAUGGUAAAAAAAAUACACGUUUAAAUAAAGAAGAGAAUAUUAUAAAAAAAAUGAAAGUUAAAAAUACGAUAAGAGGUUUAAUAGCAACAAUAUAUAUUAUAUUGAUCUUUACAUGUCCAAUUUUAGAAGUUUCAAAAUUAUUAUUAUUUAAUUUAACAAAACAAGAAUUAACUUUACAAAAUGAAAUAAUUGAAAUUAUUUAUUUAAUUGCUAUGACUAUAUUUCCAAUAGGAUUAAUAGCUACAGCUCUUAAGAAUCUAUGUUGUAACAUGGGUGGAUUAAUGAGUCAUUUAAAAGAACAACUAUGUUGUUUACCAUUCUUAAUCCUAAUAAUAGCAAGUAUAUAUACACAUCUGACAUCACAAGAUAUGACACCAAUUCCAAGUACUUGUCCAUCAAAUUAUCCAUAUAAAUUAUCUUUAACACGUGUGGCUUGUUUUAUAAGAUUAAUAAAUCUUAUUAUAAUGUGGACUUUUACUACUUUAUUAUUUAUAUUAACAAUAGUUGAUUGUUUUGGUUAUUUUCCGACUAAUAAUAGAGGAAGGGAUAAUACUAUUCAAUCAAGGUUAAGCGAUUUUUUCCCUCCUGAUAGGGAUGAUGAUAUUGGUAUGACUGAGAAACGAAUCAAAUGAAUCAGGGGAAAAAACGAAGAAAAAAAUUUAAUACACAAUAUGUUAAAUACACAAUACUUAUACGUACAAUAUGAUAAUAUUAUAUGUAUAAUUUAUUUAUUUAUUUAUUUAUUUACGAUUUAUUUACGAUUUAUUUACGCAAGCAGAAAUUUACUUAACGAAAAUUUACUUAACGAAAAUUUAUAUUACCAUUUGGGAAAGA